UUCAUUCCGACUCGGCUGGAUUGCCAUUUCGGAACGUACCGCGCGCCGACUCGCUCGCUCUGAUAGAAAGAGAUGUUAUAGUUCCUUCUCUUCUUUCACCUGCAUUUUGCCAAUAUUUUUGUUUCAUUCAGUCAAUUCUCGACGUUUGCCCGUAGUGGUUGUGUCAAGUUUUGUGGAAAAUUAUUGAAAUAAAUUCCUGAAUAAUAAUAAAAGAAAAAAUAUAACGCCAUGGCUGAAACGGAAAUAAUAUCUAGUAGUGAAAGUAAUGAUCAAUUUUUUGAAGGUGUUGAAAAGCUGAUAGAAAUAUGGUUCACGCCGGCUAAAAAUGCAGAUUUAAGAAAAAUCACUCGCCAACAGUGGGAGAAUGUGCUGAAGAUAGUGCGGUGUGAGAUCAUCUCUUUCACACAGAGCGAGCAAGUCGACGCCUAUGUACUUAGCGAGAGCAGCAUGUUUGUGUCGCGCCGCCGUUGGAUCCUGAAGACGUGCGGCACGACGACGCCGCUGCGGUGCGUGCGCGCGGUGCUGUCGCUGGCUCGCGACGUCGCCGGACACGCGUGCGUGCACAACGUGUUCUACUCGCGGCGGGAGUUCGCCAGGCCCGCCUCGCAGCUGUCGCCGCACGACAACUUCGACACCGAGGUGGAGUUACUUGAUUCAUUUUUCGGUGACGGUCGCGCAUACAUUAUGGGCCCAGAGAAGGAUUGCUGGUACUUGUACACACUGCUGCCACUUGAAGGCACAGUAGACGCACUGGAGAAGGAGCAGCGCGAGGUGGGCAACGGGUGUGACGUGUCCGAACCCGACCAGACCAUUGAGAUCUUGAUGUCGGACCUUGACCCUGAAGUCAUGGACAUCUUCACGCGCGCCGCCUCACAGGACGCCGCGCACGCCACCAGGAAAUCGGGCAUAGAUCAAAUCAUUCCAGGCAUGGUCAUAGACGACUUCCUCUUUGAUCCUUGCGGCUACUCCAUGAACGGGGUCGCCAAAGAUGGAGAUAAGGACCUACCAUCAGGCUGCUACAUGACGAUCCACAUAACGCCGGAGCGGUCGUGCUCAUAUGUGUCGUUCGAGUCGAACGUGCCGCUGUCCAGCUAUGACGAGGUGAUCUCGCGCGUGCUGCACGCCUUCCGCCCCGCCAAGUUCGUGCUUACCGUGUUCGCUACGCCGGACUCCCCGGCGGCGGACACGCCCCGCCAGUUGACCAAGUUCUCGUCGCUGGGCUCGUUCGAGCAGAAGGAGGCGCAGUACUGCCGCUUCUCGGGCUACGAGCUGCACUACGCCCUGUACUGCAAGUUCCCGAGCUGAGUGGCGGCGCCGCCGCACGCGCGGCCGGGCCGGCCCCGCGCGCGCCGGCCGCGCCGCCCGCGCCGGCCGCGCCGCGCGCUGGCCGACGUGCUGGCGCCGCCGCCGCCGCCGCCGCUGUCGCCGCCGCCGCCGCCGCCGCUGAUGCCGCUGCUGCGGCGCGCGGCGCGGGCGCUGCGGGCCGCGUGCCCGUGCGAGGCGCGGCUGGCCGCAGCGUGACGCGCCUGCGCACCCGCCGCCGGGCCUCUACCCGCUACGUCCUCCCGAGCCUAGUUCGGUAGACGAGCAUAGACAAUAUUUUUUCUACAUCCGUAGCCGUCUCCUUAGCGCGGACGAUGUAUGUACAAACUACUCCUAAUGAAUUGUAAAUAAUACGAAUUAGAGCAGGGUGCCGUAACGUGUGAUGUAACCGUUCCAUUCCAUUGAGCGUGAUCCUUAAGUGAUAUUAUAGUUAACCUUAGUAGAUAGCCGCGCCCGCGGACAGGUCCGCGGGCCGAUAUCAUAUUUGAAAUUAUAUAAGCGAUGAUUAUAUUUGUAACGUAAAUCGUUGCGGGUAGAUGUUAGACACGUAGCUGUUGUACGGUACUCUCAGAUGUCUCGUAGUACGUAACACCCAGGGAGUGAGGUGAGGCGAGGCAGCCGCGAGCAGGCAGCGGCGACGGCGCCGCGCCUGGCCCGCCACGGGGCCGCGCCCCUGUUGGCAGAGAUUUCAAAUCAAAUAAAGAUUUCAUCUCAGUAAA